CUAAUUCGAUACGUUACAAAUUCAAUGAAUAUUAUCUAAAUAUUAACGAUACUAUUAAAAUCACAACUAUAUUAGAUCCUCAUGUUAAGUAUUCAGUUUAUAAAUUUGGUGAUGAAACUAAUAAUGCAAUAUUUUUAUUACGUAGUAAAAUAAUUCAUUAUUCAACUACUACCACACAAAAUACAUCAAACCAAACAGAAUUAUCACCAGAAAGCAUAUCAUUUAAUCAAAAUAAUACUCAUACCUAUUUAAGAAAUCUUGCAAAUCAAUUCUGUUUAACUAUACCUACCUAA